CGACCAAUGAGAGAAGACGAGACUGCGCGUUACGUGUACGAUGCGCGCGCAGUGUGUGAUCAGUCUCAACAUCAAGGAAGAAAACGAUGGGAUAACAUGAAUGGUGGGCAAGUUAGUGGAAAAAAAGGAUCGAUCUGCCGUUAUUUCGCAAGUAGCGGGAGUUGUUAUUAUGGAAACGAAUGUCAGUUUUAUCAUACAAAUCCUACAAAUGUAAAUUUAAAUAAUGAUCUCCAGCUUAGAGAUGGUCAAACAUCGAUAAGCCGUACGGGAGAAGGAUCUCAUAGUCCUGCCAUGGAUCCACUUUUCCAGGCAUUUGCUGCACCACCUACUCUUCCUCCUGAAUCCAAAUUACAAACUUACUUAAACCAGGACCUCGCCAAACACGAUCAAUAUGUUCCAAGAUUCUCUCAUGCCACACCUCAACCAGUCUCUACUUCUGUGGAGAAUUCAAAGUUUUUUGUGCCUCGUGUCAGCUUGCCAACAAGUGGAGUAACAAGUGCCAUGGGAGCUCUAACAAUAGAUUCCAACAGAAAGUUACCAUCAUCAAAUGCUGCUGGUUCCCAGUUUAUGCCAAUAUCCACAGUUAUUGGGCCAAAUCGUCUUACACACAGUGCAAGUUCACCUUCAUUUACUCAGUUUGGAAUUGGACCUACUCAGUCAGUCACUUCAGCAUUUAGUCAUUUUGGAGCUGUUACAGAUGCAAGUGGGAAUAGAAUAAGCUCAGGCGUAGGUCACAAUUCCAGUUUGUCUCCUCAAGAAUCACCAUUGUUAAAUAGGAGGAGUAGAUCUCCUCUUGCUUCAAAUUUCUUAAGCGCACAUGGCACCACUUCACCUUCUCCAAAUCAUGAUCAGUUUGUUUCAGCAAAUACAAUGAUUCAAGAAUCAGUUGAGGGAACAACAUACUUUUAUACUCCAGAGGAAGGUACAACAAAUGAAGAAAAUCAGCCAUUUCUUAUGCCUGACUUUCAUAUAUAUUCAGGAAAUCCUGCUCAUAUUGAACACUUAAAGCCAAAGGCCAAUGCUCCUUCAUUUUUCCUUCCAGAUGAACUUCGAAUGGAUAUUCUUCAUCGUCACAGUUUGACAAUGGCCCAAGCAAAUCCGGAACAAUAUUCUGAUUUGCCUGCUGAAGUUGAUAUUUACCACAAUCUCUGUCCUUUGGAUUCUCCUUCCAAUAAUGGUCCAACAAAGUCCAAUACAUUUGGUUUUGUGACAUCUGUGUACAAGGCAACAAAUAUGAAAACUGGUGUUCAUUAUUGUUUAAGAAGGAUACAUGGAUUUCGUCUGACAAAUACAAAAUUUAUAGCAGUGGUAGAUAUGUGGAAAAAACUCCAGCAUUCAAAUUUAGUUCAUUUGAGAGAGGUUUUUACAACUAAAGCUUUUGGAGAUCAUUCAAUAGUAUUUGUAUAUGAUUACCAUCCUGGUGCUGACACAUUAAUGAAUCAGUAUUUUAGUCAUACAUCUCUUUCACCAAUUAAUGGAUUCCUUCCUGGAUUAUAUACAGGAGAUGGUCUUAGUAGAUCCUAUUCACAAACAAAAUCAGGAUUAAAUAAUUUAAGGCAGCAUGCAGGCUUAUUACCAGAAAGCUUGAUUUGGGCUUAUAUUGUACAGUUAAGUUCAGUACUUCGUACCAUUCAUGCAGCGGGGUUAGCCUGCAGAGCAUUUGAACCAUCAAAAAUUUUGAUAACUGGAAAAUCAAGAUUAAGAUUAAAUUGUUGUGGUAUAUGUGAUGUUCUUGGAUUUGACGCCAAUCAACCAAAUUCAAAGACACUUUUGCCACAUUUUCAGCAAGAAGAUUUAGCUGCAUUUGGUAAAGUUGUCCUAGCCUUGGCCUGCAACUCCUUGGCAGCUGUGCAGAGACAGAAUCUUCAAACAUCAAUGGAACUUGUCACCAGGAAUUACUCAGCUGAUCUCAGAAAUCUUAUUUUGUAUUUAUUGUCGACUCAGACACGUGCUCGGAGUAUAAACGACAUUAUGCCAAUGAUCGGAGCAAGGUUUUACACACAACUUGAUGCUGCACAAAUGCGAAGCGACGUAAUCGAAAAUGAAUUAGCAAAGGAAGUCGAAAAUGGAAGACUUUUUCGUCUACUUGUAAAAUUGGGAACAAUAAAUGAACGUUCAGAGUAUAGCAUGGAUCCAACAUGGUCUGAAACUGGGGAUCGUUAUUUGCUUAAACUUUUCAGGGAUUACUUAUUUCAUCAAGUUACAGAAGACGGUCGACCCUGGUUAGACAUGUCACACGUAGUACAAUGUCUGAAUAAGCUUGAUGCAGGUGUACAGGAGAAGAUAUGUCUCAUGUCUAGAGACGAGCAGAAUGUUUUGGUCGUUAGUUAUGCAGAAUUGAAACAAUAUUUUGAAUCUUCCUUUGAGGCUCUUGCAUCUACAAGUAUAUCUAAACAGCACGUCUCUUCCUAGCACAACGGUCGUAACGCUGCGUCGAACAGAACAAAACCAGCCCGGGACCACAAUAAUUGUGGCACAAACGUUGACUGCCGUUUAUGCAAAAGCCUUACUGUAAUGUACAGUUUUGCCAAGUUAGUUGUGAAUCUUCCUUUGACUCACUUAUGCUGGCCAAGACGGAAGUAAAGGACAAAUAAUAAUAAAUUAAGUGGUAUAUAUAUAUUAUAUAUAUAUGCAUAUAUAUAUAAUAUAUACACAUACAUACAAUAUAUAUAUAUAUGUGUAUAUAUAUCUCUCUCCAUGUGUAUACAAUUUGUAUAUUAAUGCAGUUCAUAUUCUGUUUAAAUUAUAAAGUUGGACUGUAUUAUUGCAAAAGUACUUAAAUUAGAUAUGUAUGGGAACAAUAUUUUUAUGAUGCAUCAUUCCCUUUGUCCCAUAUUCCAUUCCUUUUGUGCAGUGAUAGGAAACAUUCAAAAUGUUGCCCAAAAUUCCCCCAAAUAAAACAAAAGAAAUCAUCAGCAGAAAUUUGUUUCAUAUGAAAGGUAUCUGGUGCUUUGGAGUUCCUUAAAAUUUUCAUUAGUAAAGUGUACAGACUUUUUAUCAAGUGUUAUACUGCUUUUGAUGUGUUAUAAAAAAAAGAACUUUUUUGAAUAUGUGAAGUGAUUUACUAAAUAUAUAUUUAUGGAUGAUAAAUUUGGUGACGAUCUAAAUUCGAAUAAUUAAUUGCUAAUAAUGAAUUACGUAUAUCUCGAGUCUUUUGAGGUAUAUCCUAUUUCUUCCUUUCAAUUUCCACAGGGGAAAAAAAAAGGUAUUCAGUUAUAUAUUCUUUACUUAAAAUAUUGCCAUUUUGAUCUAGAUGAUAAGACAAAAAUAUAUAUUUAAUUUUAAAUAAAAAUGCAUUGUCGGUAGGAACGAAAUUAAUUUUCCAAAAAAAUAAAAUGAAAUAAAAAAUAAAUGGUAAUAUUGUUUUAUAGCAGCACACUAGCUGAAUAAUUAUGUAUCCACGAAAGCAUGUUUUGCAGAGUUAUAUCUGCCAUUUUAGGUAAGAAUUAUCUGUACCAAGUGCACAUAAACAUUUUUACGUAUAUAAUGUAUGUAUGUAUGUAUAUAUAUUAUAUACGCAGAAACACACAACAUAAUUAAUGUGAUUCUAUAGAUUUGUGUAUUUUUGAGCAUCAUCAUUCUGUCCUGAUCAACAUUCAGCCCAGUACCUACAGUGCAUUACUAUUUAUAAGCGCUAGAUAUGUAGCUAUCAUUUUAGCCCAAAAUUAGAUGAUUAAAAAAAAAAACGACAGAAAAAUAGGGAAAAAAUAAAAAUCAGAAUAGUUAUUAAACAAAAAUAAGCUGCUUGUGCUAAAACUUAAAAUGUAGAUAAUAUGUAGCAUCCUUAUAGAAUUGUUAGCGAAGGGAAUCUAAUCAUCAAUGUUCUAGUAAAUGUAGAUUUAAAGAAAAAAAAGAAAAGAAAAGAUAGUACAAAACUGCAUUUGAAUUUUACUUAUUCCCAAAAUUUCAGAGCAUAAAUUGAUGAGUUCGACGUACAAACUCCUUAGUUUCAUUUACGUUCUUCCAUUAUGUGAAUGAUGCAAAUAUUUCUUUAUCGUGAAAUGAUUUAACAAACAUCAUCCACAAUUCAUGACAGCAUUAAUAUAAAAAAAACAAAGGGAAAAUUUUAAACAAUAAGCCUUUAAAAUCCAGUAUAAAAAAACAAAAUAAACAAGAAAGUUUCUUUUAAAAAUCACAAAUAUACAAAUUCAUUAUGAUACUGUAAUAUCAUUAUAGACAUGAAUUAUGCUCAAUUAUCGACUAUAAGCUACUAGGUGAGAAAUAAAUCAUAAAAAAUGAACUAAGCUCAUGGUGGUCAUGAACAUUGUGUAGAUUUUUUUAUACAUAAUGGGAGCACAAUGUUUUGUACAAAUGUUUGAGUGAGAAAUAUUUUUACUUGAAUAAAUAAAGUUUCCAGCAAA